UUUGGCCUCAAUGGCUAGACCCUAGGUUUAAUCCAAUUCGGCUAACCUACACGGAACAGAAAAGUCAUGCGAACUUUGGGUUUAGGUGUUCUGUUGCUUUUUGUAUUUUUUCAACCUCUGGUCUGGAUAACCUCAGGCUCAGGUGGACCUGCACUCACCAUAAACCUUCACAGUAGCACUACCAUCCACAUCAAUAGGAGUGAAACUGCACAGCAAAAGUGUGAAGUUUGCAUCGGAAGCUUCUGCCAGUCCUCAGUGACCCUUCCAAAUGGCUUGGUUUCCGUGGUGUUCAGCUGUUUACAACCAGAAGACAUCUUCAUAGUGGAGAUUAUUAGACAUAUCGUAUGCACCCAUACAUGCAAUGGAGCUAUCACCCCUGAAGAGUACCCUUCUCUUCAGAACUUCAGUCGCACCUUCACUUGGAACGUGAGAGCUCUUGUCCAGGAGACUUUCCGCUUGGACUUCACUACAACUGGCCUACAGCAGAUCCGGCCCACCGAGAGCUGUCAAGACAAACAUGUCUACAGCGUGUCCACUGGCACAACCAGACUUGGGAUAUUUUGCCGCCAUGGCACCAUCAAAGAGAUGCAGGUUCUUAAUGAAGGCACUGUGUCUUUGUGGGUCCCUGGUAACAGACAGUUGGUCACAGCAACCUUUGGAGUUUCACUAGGACAAGAAAUAACAUCACUUGGGAUUAUCAACAUCACCCUGCCAGCAGAGAAUUCUUCCCAGGAAUUCUUCUCCCCAAACUAUCCAGACAGCUUUCCUGAUGAUGAUGUAAUCAUGUGGUCCUUCCACGUCCCUCCCAAGUAUUAUGCAACAGUGCACAUACUUAACCACACUGAGCCCAGAUGUCGGCGAAAGGACGCGCGACUGGAGUAUCAGUUAAAUGGCCGAACAGUGGUGAAAAAAUUGAAUGAGGCCCAGCUAUCUGAGCACCCCGGCCCUUUUAACCUUUCCCUGCAAAACUGCAAAAAAGACACAGGACCCCCCUCCUCCAGUCUAUCACUGCAAUUCAGAGUAUCUGCUACCAGGAGAAGCAGUGAAGUAAGGUGCAACGUAGAUCUGACGAAGGAGGAGGGGCUAUUGAUUCACAUAAAGAAAAAGAAACCUACAUCAGCCUGCAUCCUGAAGCUGAACUCACAUGCACAGGAGACAGUCACCAUUCGUUCAGAGAAGACCUCAUAUUUAUCUUUCAUUGACUGCCUAGAGCAGGACCUGCUGUUAACUAUAAACAAAACCCUAGCAUGUCCACAGCAGACCAAUUGCCUAUUUUCUGGAGUCUCUUUAAAGGUGCCUGCACUAGAGAAAUGUCUUCUGGGAGUCCUGGAGCAGGUCACGUGGCAUCUGUAUGCCUCACAGCAUGGAACAGUGGAGCUGAUGUCACCCAUGGGUGGUUUGCGGCAGUUGCUGCCUGGCCAGACAUGUAAUGGCAGUGCCUUUCUCACUGUGUCUGAGGAUGAGCCCCAGGGCAUCACUGUUGGGCAGUUUUGUCCUCAGGGACCCAUUCAAAAAGUACAGAUCCGUGUGACCAACCUUACAGUGAGUGCUUGCCCCAAUGGCAACGACCUGAGGAAGAUAUCCUAUCCCCUUUUGAAUGUUUCUUUCACCAAAAUGAUAGGAGAAAGCUAUAUUUUCACCGUCUUGCCAAAGAAGGACAUGGCAGUGCUGUUAGCCACUCCAGCAUGGCCGGCAGGAAUGAGGCCACACUCCACUGUCUCCUGGAUUGUCACUUUCUCUUCAAAGGUUCAGGCCCAUGUGGGGUUCUCUAAUAUCAGCAGGCUCACAUGUCAGAACCGGUAUGCUUGCAUUAAAGUGCAGAAGCAAGGCUCAUGGGACCACUUGUACAGUUGGAAAGAGGAUGAGAAGCCUAAGGAUAUUGUGGUCAAAGAAAGUUUCUACCUCAACAUGUCUAACUGCAUGCCAUUAAAAGGGGCCUUCAGCGUGGUGAGCCAAAUCACCUUGCAAACGUCCAAAGAUGUUCUUGUGAAUAUCAUCAUAUCUGUUGUGAUCUUGCUGCUGUUGCUGCUGAUCAUUUCUACUGUGGUGUGUGUCAUCAGGAAAAAGAAGAAACAGAAAGCUUCUAUGGUCUCUGUCUAUAAUCCCAAUGGACAUGUCUUCCUGCCAGGCCUUCAUGGGAUUCCCCAGACAACAGAGGAUGAAGAUUUUCAUAUUUAUCACUGUAUUGAUGACACUCUGGUUUAUGGGCACCUUCUUAAGGAUGGGAUGAAAAUUAAUCAGUUUGAAGAGCCAACUGUGGAUGUCUACCGGGAUUUCAAUAGACCCGUGGAUAGAAGGCUACUAACACAAGAAAGAGAAGUCGAGGUGCCAGAGGUAGGGCUCUAUAGACCUUUCAUUGGCCCCCAAGAUCCCCCAAUAGUUCCUCAUAGCUGCCGACAGCAGGGAGGAAACCUAGCCAGUAAAGAUCACCAGACAGAUGAAAAGAGAAUUAGUGGAGAUAGCUAUGUCCAGGAUCAGAGCCCCCCCACUCCAGACUUGCACAGAGCUCCUAUAGAAGACUCUGAGAAGGAAGAUACUAAAAUAGGAAUGUGACUUGAAGAAGCCAUUAUACAGGAGAGCAUGCCUGUCCCUUUUGCAUGUUUUUUGGCUUACUUGUUAAGUAUGUGGGUUGUUUUAAACUGCUACAUUAAUUGUGCUGUUAUUUGACUGAAUUGCAAAUCUUUGCCAGUGAAACUGUGCCUUGAUAUGUUGUAAACCAAAAAUACCAAAUUGCUAAAAACCAAAAUACUUUGAAAUGCAUUAGGAGGUAUUGUUUGGUUUGAAGUGUCUGUCCCGUCAUCAUUGUGAAGAUGUGUCAUGCUGCUUUUAUAUAAGUUAUUGUGUGUUUUUUUUUUUUGGUAUUUUUUCCCAUAAAUACCCACUAAAAGGUCUUACCUUGGUACUGCAAAUGAGUGAUUUAUUUAUUAGGUUUAUGACCCCAAAAACCUUUGCUUAAAUUGUAGUCAAGUUUAAAAGAGAAAUUCAAUUCUUGACUGGCUUGUCAUCUUAAAUUCACUUAGUAGUUAGAGUAAGCUUGUUCAACAUGGAAGUUAGAAAGCUCUCAGUUGUAUAAGGUUUUUUGAGCAGGGCUGUCCAUAGUCUGAGGGCUGAAAUCCAGCACUUUUGUCAUUUCUGUAAUCGUUAAUUACCAGGUUUACUUUACUGGACUUCAAUCAAGGCAUGGUUAGGUUACCACAUCCAUUGUUUACAUUAUGAAAUUUUGUAGUCAGGUGUAGUUAAAUUAUGAACUCACAUUUAAAAUGCAUGUUUAUUAAAAGACUAAGUUACAUAAAUGAAAAUUAAAUGUCAUGAAGUUUAAGUGUUGCCAGUAUUAAGGCAGAUUAGUCACACAAAUGGCUGGAUGUUCACACACAUUGUAAAAUAUGAAGGAAAGAA